AUGGAUAAUGAAACGACAACGUUGUCUGAAUACGAGGCGUCACUAGUAUGGUUUGAUAGCAACCUCGUCAACUUUUCUGCACUAACCAUGACAGCUCUUUCUAUCAUUGCCCUGCUCGUCAAUGUGUACCUGUUGAAUGCUAUCAAAAUGUCAACUUUCACCGCGUCUGUUGUUACCCUCUCUGCUCUUGCGUUCAAUCAUUACGUCGGAAUUGUGUACCCACUCCAUCGGAACGCAAUUACUCCCAAAACAGUUAAAUGGACUAUCAUUCUUGCCUAUGUCAUCCCGCUGAGCAUUUAUUUGGCAAUUUUCACAGUCUUUCCAGGAGGUCUUCGUGCCCCUAUUGCUUUUGCAUUUUUUGACCGUGAAGGGUGUCAAGGAAACGCAAUUUACAGAAACUAUUUCUUCCGAGCAUCACUUGUUGGGCCGUUUCUCUUUUUCAUCACUAUGCUCUCCAUCCUAUACUUGCACAUUGUCAUUCAUAUGCGUAAAGUUUCACGUGAUCCAUUGUUGAAUAACAACAAUAAUCGGAGAAAUAACAGAAAACUACUCAUCACUAUUCUUUUACUUGCGGGUUCAGCCUGUGCUGGAUGGCUUCCAACUACUCUUAACUUUCUGUUGCCCUUAGUAUUUACUGUGCCUCGCCGUGCCAGGUUGAUCCUCGGUAUCCUUGCACAGUUGUUGCAUGUGGUCAAGCUACUAGCGGAUGCAUUCAUUUAUGCUCGUCGAUUGAUAGAAAUCAAAUAUGCAAUUUAUGUGUUCAACCAGAAAGUCAAAAACAGCGUUCUUGAAAAACUUCAUUGUCAUUCCUCGGAUGAAAAAGAGCAAUCGUAUGUACCACCGGAAUUCCAAAAGUAUUUGAGUGAGACCAAAGAGAACAGAUCGGUGAGAUCGAAACGGGUGAAAAGUGAAUUUCAAAACUCUGACCGCAAGCGUUUUGGAUCAGAAAGACCGAAAAGAUCAGCUAGCAACAUUCCGAACAAUAAAGGAUCUCCAAACGGAAACAAGCACCUUUCCGCUCAUCAAUCACUCAAAACAUGUAAAUCAGUGCCAUCUGUAGUGGUGCAUGACGAAUCAGAAUCACGUAAAAGCAGCAACUCGGUUAUUGUGAAAACGGUGCGACUCUCUACGGUGUCCAACUUCCAUCAAUAUUGA